AUGCCCAUGUCUUUCCAAGCAGCUAAAGAGAGGCUUAGCGUGAACAAAAACAGUUGCAUUAAAGACGAAUCUGAGGACGCCAAGAUCAGAAUGAACUGGAGGAAGAAUAAAGUCUAUCUCUACUUCUUCCUCUUCCUCUCCCUACCCCUCUUCCUCCGCGGACUCCCCCUCUCAUCCUCGCUCUCCCUCUUCCUCUUCCUCUUCCUCUUACAGCAGCGUUGCCUUCCAUUUUUAUUGAAGACAGCAGUACUGACGGUGUCAAAUGCAUCCGAACACAGGGCACAUUGCCCCCUUGGGUACUUCCCCUGUGGUAACCUGACUGCCUGCCUGCCUCAGCUGCUACACUGCAACGGCGUGGACGACUGUGGCAACCAGGCAGACGAGGAGAACUGUGGAGACAACAACGGAUGGCCUCAUCUGUUUGACAAAUACUUUGGCAUCCCCACUAAUGACCUUGGAACCAAGUCGAAUGCAUGUUUGCUUGGCGUAGUCCCCACAGAGUGCCAGUGCAGAGACCUGGAACUGGACUGUGACGGUGCACACUUUAAAGAUGUCCCCACAGUCUCUAUUAACGUCACCAUGAUGUCUCUGCAGAGGAACCGACUGCGGAAACUUAAUGCUGACAUAUUCUUUAAGUACCAGAGUCUUCAAAAACUAUACCUCCAGCACAACCGAAUCAAAGUGGUGAAUCCAAACGCUUUCCGGGGCCUUUAUAAUUUAACAAGACUAUAUCUCAGCUAUAACAGAAUUUCAGUAUUGAUGCCAGGAGUGUUCCAGGAUCUACACAAACUGGAAUGGCUGAUUUUGGAAAACAACAAAAUCCAUCAUGUUUCAUCUCUGACCUUUUCUGGCUUGCGAUCUCUUGUGCUUUUGGUUUUGUUGAACAAUGCUCUCACUAAGCUGGAUGACAUUUGCCAGGAGAUGCCUAAAUUAAACUGGCUUGACAUGGAGGGGAAUCAGAUUGAGAGUGUAGGGAACGUGACCUUCUGGUCAUGUAACAUGCUGACCGUACUUGUACUCCAAAGGAACAGAAUUAGUCACAUCCACGAGCAAGCUUUCACCCUGCUUCGCAAACUUGGCGAAUUAGACUUAUCAAGCAACAGAAUCCAGGCAAUUCCUCCUAAUCUGUUUGUUCAUCUUGAAGACCUACUGCAGUUGAAUAUUUCAUACAACCCUAUUCUCAACCUGCAAGUGGACCACUUUGACAACCUGCAUAAAUUAAAGUCUCUGAGCAUUGAGGGGAUAGAAAUUGGGAACAUUCAUAGGCGUAUGUUUGAGCCCCUUAAAAACCUGACGCACAUCUACUUUAAAAAGUUUCAGUACUGUGGCUAUGCUCCCCAUGUGCGCAGCUGCAAACCCAACACAGAUGGCAUCUCGUCUUUCGAAGACCUGCUGGCCAACAUUGUACUGCGAGUCUUCGUCUGGGUUGUCUCUGCAACAACCUGCUUCGGAAACAUCUUUGUGAUCUGCAUGCGCUCCUACAUCCGUUCAGAAAACAAACUCCACGCCAUGUGCAUCAUCUCUUUAUGCUGUGCUGAUGGCCUGAUGGGUGUUUACCUCUUCAUGAUCGGAGCCUAUGAUCUGAAAUUCCGGGGUGAGUAUAACCGUCAUGCUCAGGCCUGGAUGGACAGCGUGGCCUGUCAGGUGAUUGGCUCUCUGGCCAUGCUCUCCACGGAGGUGUCGGUGCUCCUGCUUACGUACCUCACGCUGGAGAAAUACAUCUGCAUCGUUUACCCGUUUCGCUACCUGACCCCUGGACGACGACGCACCGUCACCAUCUUGGUGGCCAUUUGGAUCCUGGGUUUCAUCAUCGCCUUCCUGCCUCUUGUCUGUAAGGGAGCUUUCCGGAACUUCUACGGGACCAACGGAGUGUGUUUCCCCCUGCACUCUGAACAGCCCGAAACCACAGAAGCACAGAUCUACUCCAUUGUCAUCUUCCUGGGUUUGAAUCUGGUGGCAUUCCUCAUCAUCGUAUUGUCUUAUGGAAGCAUGUUCUACAACAUACAAAGAACAGGGACACAGACAACAAAAUACAGCAACCACAUUAAGAAAGAGCUGACCAUCGCCAAGCGUUUCUUCUCCAUUGUCAUUACAGACUCUCUCUGCUGGAUACCAAUUUUUAUCCUCAAAAUCUUGUCCUUAAUGGAGGUCGAAAUCCCAGGCACCAUCAGCUCAUGGGUGGUCAUCUUUAUCCUACCCAUCAACAGUGCAUUGAACCCAAUCCUGUACACACUGACCACACGACCCUUUAAAGAGACUCUGCUCCAGGUGUGGUCCAAUUACAGGCAGCGAAGGCCACUCCUCAGCAGCCACCCCAGCCAUCUACCCUCCUUCACCUGGCAGGAGAUGUGGCCUCUCCAGGAGAACAGUCAAACACUCACCUCCCCUGAGUACCUUGCCCACCCAACUGAGAUGUCAUGUGGUUCUGGGACAUCCCAACUACUGCCAGUGGAGGGCGUAAAUGGGACAUGA